AUGAAGCUCGAACUCGGAUACUGGGCGAUCCGCGGCCUCGGGGCGCCGGCGCGUAUGAUGCUCGAACACUCGGGCGUCGAUUACACCGAUCUGAAGUACGCCGACGCCGCGAGUUGGUUCGCGGUGCGAAAAGUUGAGUUGCUCGAGAAGAACGCGCUGGCCAACCUGCCGUACGUGCUGGACGGCGAUCGCGUGGUGACGCACUCCACGGCGGUGUACGAGUAUCUCGGAGUGAAACUCGGACACGACGCGUUCGACGACGAGGACGGACGCUGGGUGAACGCGCAAAUGUUGGCUGAGUGCUACGACUUGCGAAACGCGUUGAUGGCUCUCGUGUACCCGUUCAACGGCGUGACACCGACGAAGGACGAUUUUGAGACCAAGUGUGAACCGCAUCUCACGUCUAAGUGCAUCCAGUUUUACAACAAGUUCGAGGCGACGCUCGGACUGCGAGGGAAGAAGUUUCUCGUGAAGGACACGCCGUCGUCGUGCGACUUUCACCUGUGGGAAAUGCUCGAUCAACACGAAAUCAUCGCAAAACGCAGAGGCGUGGUCUCCCCGCUCGAGCAGUUCCCGAAGUUGCAGAAGCUUUACGCCGAAUUCCGAAAUUUGCCUGAGCUCGCGAAGUACUUCGCUUCGGAAACGUACACGCUUCCAAUGAACUCGAUCGGUGGCGGCGCUCACGUGUACUAG